GAACAUGUGCUCGUUUCGCCAACCAAUAGCAAGUUCCAAGUUCCCUCCCGAUUUAUUCUGGAAAUAUCUUGACAGUUCGCGAAAACAAAACAAACGAUAUAAAACGAAAAUAAGUGCUGCAUUGUCAACAGUUUCAUUUAAUUUGAGACAGUGUAAAGUUUUCAAUAGACGAGUGCUAAUUUAAAAGUGAUUCAGUAAAGUGUUUUAAAAUGUCUCUACUACCAUUAUUGUUCGACGAUAGUUGGAUGGCUCCUAGCUACGCCCGGCGUGAAGCACCGAGAAGAAACUUGUGGGAUGAAGUUAUUCAACCUUUGGCAUUAGUCAAUAGCCUAUUGGAGUCUCCAGAAUACCUCAGAAGUCUAAACUCCUUGCAACAGCAAACGAGUUCUCAAAUGGUGCUUGAUAAAGAUAAAUUCCAUGCAAAUUUCGAUGUCCAACAUUUCAAACCAGAGGAAAUUACAAUUAAAGUUACCGGAGAAAAUACUAUAACUGUCGAGGCGAAACAUGAAGAAAAACAGGAUGAGCACGGACAAAUCUACAGACACUUUUUAAGAAAGUAUGUUCUUCCAAAAAAUUGUGACAUGAGUCGAUUGGAAUCUAAGUUGUCUUCAGACGGAGUCCUCAGUAUUACGGCUCCAACUGUUGGUGAUAAGGUAGAUAGGAACAUUCCUAUUUCGCAAACUGGGAAACCUGCGAGAUCAGUUGAGAAUAAAGCUGAAAACGCCCAACAGAAAAGCAAGAUGUAAAAGUAUGUCCCACCAGUUCAUUCAUGUGUUAUUUUUUAUAUUAGACUGAGUUUAAUGUUAUUACCUAGAAUGUAGUUUGAUUUCCAGUUAUUUUGUAUAUUUUCUUAUUAAAUUGUUUGCUUUAAAAUAGUCUUUUGAUGAAACUGUUUCAUUUCAUUAUAUUUAUAGUGACAGAAAUUUUAAAAAGUUCUUUUACAUAAUUUUAUCAGAUCUACAGUGCUGGUUAGUUAUUGGUGAAAAAAUGUCUAAUGUCUAUUAGGUAUUCAAUAAAACAUUUUAUUAAUACAAUAUCCUCUCUAUCGAACAAAAAUUUUGAGGAAAUGAUGUAUUGUUUUGGGUAUAAUUGGGGGGUGUAGGUAUCCAUAAUUUUAGACAACAUUAUUUUAACUUUUGUGUGACAAAUAGUUGAAAGAUUUGUAAAAAAAUGCCAUAUUUUUUUUAAAUAGUUAAAAUAAAACCUUUUGAAGGAUUUAUCAUAUUGUUGGAUGUAUGUAUGAGAACAGUAGGCUUUAGACUUAAAGGUAGUGAAUAUUAUGGUGAGACCUCAUUUAGAGUUAGGGAGCAACAGUCCUUCUUUUGUAGGUCCUGUCCUUCCUUGAAAAGUGUCCAGUGUUCUCCUUUUUGAUCAUUUAAAAUAAAUCUGUAUGUUGAUACUCUGUCCACAGCACUUACUAUAAAAUUCAAUAUGAAGGAUAUUUCUUGCUCCAAAAUUUUCAGUAUAUUGUUAGAAAAUGAUAUAUUGACCAAACAUAUUCAUUUUAAUAGAAAAAUACUCAUUUAAUUAAAUAAUUAAGCACAUUUAGAGUCAAAUCCUACUCACCCAAUGCCUGUAAAAAUCUAAAAUUAACUAGAACUUCACAUGUAUGAGUUUUUGCAUCUUUGCUAUUAACACAAUUUGCUUGA